UCGGCUUUUAAUAAAAGUGAAAAGUAUUGCACAGAUUUAUCGUAAGUAGCAGUACACUGGUUGCGGUCACGGCCCGGUAAGGUACCCGGUACCACAGCAAGAGCCACAAUAGCCAGCGGCUUCCGCUUGCCGGAGGAUCAAGGUCAAGUUUCUCCGAUCCGGGAUAGUGGUAGUAAUUACUAGCUACCGGUAGCUAGCUAGAACGUUGUGUACUUGCUUCGUGGUUUGGCUGCCGCAGUUUUCAUCCAAAUUGACGGGAGAGAGGAGCCUUCAUUGUGAUAACAGAGGAGAACUUCCAGGGAUGCCUGUUCAAAGACUCUCUAUAGCACCCUACAAGCCAAAUCAUAUAUUGGCCAAGAAGAUUGUUCAUGGUAUCCCUGCAACAAGCCAACUCUUUUAAGAUGCUUGACGACGUCUCUUCGACCCUCUUUGGCGUAGACUCGUCGACUCUCUUUGGCUUAGACUCCUCAUCGUCAACAACAGGUAUUGGCCGCACUCGUGGCGUCCAACGUUCCAGCUCCGGAAAUAGUGGCCGCACUCGAGGCGUCCGACGUACCAAGUCUUGGGUCUUUCGGAAGACCACCGGUCGUGAUUUCUCGGCUGCAGCUCACGCCGCGGCAGAUGCGCCAACGAAUAUCUUUGCAUCAGACAUGGUCUCUUUGGACUUUGUGUCAACUCGGUUGGAUGAAAUCAAGUCGGACAAGUCAAUAAGAAGACUGGAGAUUGAAGAUCUCAUAAUCAGUUCUCACCGGGCGAAGCUGAUGGGGAAAGUAACGAAGCUCUUGUUUGCUGGAGAUCGGGAAUGGGGCUCAAUUUCCUUUGUGGAUUCCAUCCCUUGGGAUCAGUUCACGUGGUGGCGGGGGCGAAAGAGUACGGUCAUGGCUGCCUUUGAAGGGACUAAAAAGACUGCUACGAGAAACAAGAUCACAUUCCAGGCCAACGUAGAGGUCUCCUCAGGUUUGGCUUUGAAAGACUUGAGUUCAUUUCUAAGGGACAUCAAAGGACAGCAAGGCAUCUGCAACGUAACCUUUGCUGGAGCACUCUUUGGAUACAGCGAAGGCUCCAUGCUGGAGGCUCUCGAUUCCGUCGUCAGCGGGGAUGACACCUUAUCAGAGAUGGUCACCAUCAAGAUUUCGUACGGUUGGAAAGCUGAGCCCGACAGCUCCAAGCUACUAGACGCUUGCAUACGGGAUAUCGAGGAGCUUAAAGGGUUCAGAGAAACGAGCAACCGGACUGGGGCCCAGCUGAGACGAGCUAGUUCUACUGGCGCUACUUUGGCUCAAAUGCGCGACUCCCUGAGGAAACACAAGGACACGGCACCCCGUCCAGCUCUGAAAAGAAACAGUUCCGCAAGGUCUUGUGGCAGUACACGCAGCAAGUCUCCAGUUCCCAGUAGAACCAAGGCCAUGGGGUCCAGUGCUCGUAGCAAGUCAAUCUCGCCACUUCGGCGCAACCGAACGACCGGAAACGCAGAUAUUGGGAAACACAAAAUGUCCAUGGCGAUAAGCAAAGAUAUUCAGUUGCCUAAACUCAGGCGCAACAGAUCCGCUGGAACUCUCAAUGACAAAUGUGUGGAAAUACAUGAGCGAAGGGCAAAGAGGGAAAGCAGGAGAGCAGGGGAGAGGAAGACCAAGUCAAAAAGCGACCCUUCUUUGAAAGUCUUCAACAAUGAAUCCGACAACAAGCUUCCUGUGGUUAAGCGUGCUACGCUUACUGUGGUCAAUCCUUGUACAAAGGCAAAAAGAUCAAUCAGCGAACCAUCCCUGGACCAUUACAGUGGUGAUACGGAGUCGACCGCUGAAGGAAAAGAUGAGAGCGGUAGAACCUCGGAUGCCACAACCGCGGCGUCGACCGAUUCUGAUACUGAGGAGGGGUCUUCCAGAUCCAGGGAUAAUUGUGCUGAAGGUGAAGAUGACUCUGAGCACGGAACGGUGGAUGGCCCUGACUUUCAAUGGACAAAACAUGCGAAAGAAUCAAGUAAGCGUGGCAAAGAGGCUUUGGGUGCUUCAAACGUUAUCCGUUCUAGCAACGAAACAGCAAAGGACCCAGUGGAUGUCAGUCACGCCCCUCUGGAAUACUUUGACUGGAAGCUUGGCAAACCAGUGGCGAUCCCUAGAAGCAAGAGCGCUGGAAGCCUUAAGCAGCGAGCGAAGCAAACCGGAAGUGCCGACAGCAAUGUCGAACCACAAACCCACCUUUUGGCAUCACAAUCGGUGGGCACGUUGAAAUCUGGCCUGGCAAAGCAAUCCCAAGCAUCCCAGAGGAAGGAAGAAUUCACCCGCAAGUCAUCUGAGAGCAUGGUAUCUCCAAUGCUAGUGCGGAACGGGGGCAUGAAAUCAAACUCCUCGUCGUCUUUGAUUGCAGUCAUCGAAUCUGCGAAAAAGCAAUCAAAUACGAGCUCAGAUACAAAACGUAGUGGUGCUGCAAGAUCGUUGAUGAAGUCAGUGGACUCGGCGAACCGUAGCCCAACUAGGAAAAAGUGUAGCAGUCCAAACAAGGAGAAGGGACGGGGUGGACGAGCAGCCAGCAGAGGCAUGACAGCACAGAGUAAACGCCUCUCCGGUGAGUCAUGACAACGGAGGGCUUCCUGGACGGCCAAUAUGUCACAAAGGUGGAUUGUGGAAGCACUAUCAAACACAUCAGCAGGGGACUUUUGGGCAAACAACACUAAAGACAACAUACAGCAUACAUGAACAGCUUUCUUAUUGAGUUUAGUAAAGGAAGGAGAGGAGCUAAUGACCCUCCAGAAAUAAUAAUAGUAAUAAUGCAUACAAAUAAGGGAUCCUCCAACACACUCC